CCUAUGCAUUCAGACCACUCCUUUUGCGUCCCUGUUGGUUCCAUCUUCAUCCGUUUCUCAUUUUCUCCCCACCUCUCUUCUGCCUACGCGCUCGUAUUGAUGCGAGGGGAGGAAAGUCAGGAAACGCUUUAUUUGAUUUCAUUCGUAAGAAGGACAUCGAAUUUUUCGUGGAGAACAGAGGAACUGGUGGCUGCCGCGAAAUUUGAUGACGGAAUCACUCAAUGAGAGCAAUCUAACAAACCCUAUGUAAUCGCGUUUAUUUAUUUUUUCUGGUGUAACACGUCCGUGACACAUCCGUAACCGGCAUUGUAUGCGUAAGGAAGAUAACGGUCUGAUAGCAUUUUAAACUUGAACACCCUGAUAAAAGUAUGGGAAGCAAUGGCUCGGUGUUCAUCUUUCAGCUUACAAUGACAUGAAGCGGACACCCGCAUCAUUGCUCAAUAUCCUCUUACCGCCUGAAAUGUACUCUUAGAAAAGGAAUACCGUUUAUGAUUUGCUUACAGUCUAGCCUAGGCCUACAUGGUCAGCAUGUGGAUGCUAAUUUGUUCUGUAUUGAAAAAGACCCGUUUAUUCCAAACCACUGGAAGGCAAACCACACCAUGGUUUGAUACUCCUUGAAUAGCCUACUCAUCCCUGCACAGACCUGCUACAGAAGGAUACGGCCUGGUGUUGGAAUUAAUUGGAUUGAUAGAAAAUUGACAGAACAACCCAAUGGACAAUUAUUCACAUCUACAAUUGCAGUGUCUGGAGAUGACAACUAAAAGGAAGAUCAUCGGGCGCCUGGUGCCGUGCCGGUGCUUCCGGGGUGAGGAGGAGGUCAUCUCAGUGCUGGACUACUCCCACUGCAGCCUUCAGCAGGUGCCCAAGGAGAUCUUCAGCUUUGAGCGCACGCUGGAGGAGCUCUACCUCGAUGCCAACCAGAUUGAGGAGCUGCCGAAGCAACUAUUUAACUGUCAGGCUCUCCGGAAACUGAGCCUGCCUGACAAUGACCUCUCAACCCUACCAACCUCCAUAGCCAGCCUUGUAAACCUGAAGGAGUUAGACAUCAGUAAAAACGGUAUUCAAGAGUUCCCAGACAACAUUAAAUGCUGUAAAUGCCUAUCUGUUGUGGAGGCCAGUGUAAAUCCCAUUGCCAAGCUCCCAGACGGCUUCACCCAGCUCCUAAACCUGACCCAGCUUUUCUUAAACGAUGCCUUUCUGGAAUACCUCCCUGCCAACUUUGGGAGACUUUCCAAGUUACGGAUCCUGGAGCUGCGAGAGAACCACCUGAAAACGAUGCCAAAGUCUAUACACCGACUGUCACAGCUGGAGCGAUUAGACUUGGGAAGUAAUGAAUUCACUGAACUGCCUGAAGUCCUGGAGCAGAUCCACAACCUGAAAGAGCUGUGGAUGGACAACAACUCACUGCAGACAAUACCUGGGUCUAUAGGGAAGCUAAGGCAGCUACGCUACCUGGAUCUGGCUAAAAACAGGAUUGAGAGCCUGGACACUGACAUUUCUGGCUGCGAGUCCCUGGAGGACCUCCUGCUCUCCUCCAACAUGCUGCAGCAUCUGCCUGACUCUAUAGGAAUGUUGAAAAAGCUCACAACACUCAAAGUCGAUGACAACCAGCUCACCUCACUGCCUAACACCAUUGGAAGUGGACGCGGCAAAUUUGGUUUAUCGCUUUUAGAGGAGUUUGACUGCAGCUGUAAUGAGUUGGAGUCCCUGCCGCCCACCAUUGGUUACCUACACAACCUCCGCACGUUUUCUGCUGAUGAGAACUUCCUUGUUGAACUACCCAGGGAGAUUGGGAACUGUAAGAAUGUGACUGUCAUGUCGUUGCGCUCGAAUAAGCUGGAGUUUCUACCUGAUGAGAUUGGACAGAUGACCAAGCUACAUGUUCUCAACUUAAGCGACAAUAGAUUAAAGAACUUGCCAUUUACUUUCACAAAACUAAAAGAUCUUGCUGCUCUUUGGCUUUCAGACAAUCAGUCCAAGGCCCUGAUCCCUCUCCAGACAGAGGCCCAUCCGGAGACCAAGCAGAGGGUCCUGACCAACUACAUGUUCCCUCAGCAACCACGGCAUGACGAGGACUACCAGUCGGACAGUGACAGCUUCAACCCGACUUUAUGGGAGGAGCAGCGUCAGCAGAGGAUGACCGUUGCCUUCGAGUUUGAGGAAAAGAAGGAAGAGGAGGACAAUUCUGGAAAAGUCAAGGUUGAGAUUAAUCUGAAGCGCUACCCUACACCAUACCCAGAAGAUCUGAAGAACAUGGUGAAGUCAGUGCAAAACAUGGUGGGCAAAAACCAGCAUCCCCUCAGCACCGGCACUAACUCCUCUGGUACCAACAUGGAAUCUCGGAAACAAGAGCAGUAUGAUCCUCCGUGGCCGAUGCCCCCCAAAGAGGUGCUGGAGAGAGAAAUGAAGGAGAGAGAAAGAGAGUUCAACAAGACUCAAAUGGCAGAGCAGAGCGCCAUCCACAACUCUGCCAUUGACAUCCCAAAGCGCUCUGACAAGGAGGAUCUGACCGAGAGCUCAGAGAUUUCUUUACAUCGCGUGGUUCCCAAGCUGCCACAGCCAGAGAGUACGUCCUCGGCCGUUACAGCUUCUUCCUGUUUCUGCCUCAUAGAUUCCAUGAGCGGUUCUCCGAAUGAUAUCCGUAUCUCUGAUAUGAGGCCUACCCUGGUGGAGCCGCCCAUGUACAAACCAAAGGUUGUAUUACUGGGGAAAGACAAGAAAGAAUCUACUGAUGAGUCCGACCCAGAUAAGAUGCAUUGCCUGAACAACAGUGGCUCGUCUGCCACCUACUCGGACUACUCUCCGUCCCAGGGUUCCUCUGGCUCCUCCAACCCCCCUGGGAACGUGGCUGCACUGCAGGCUGCUGGGAAGGAUGGAGGAGUGCCACAGCAGCACUGGACAAACAGACUCGCUCAGCAGUUCCCCAAGCCCAUCGAGACCAAGCCCCUUCUGAGUCAGAGAGACCCCAGAGAGACCCCUCCCUCUAACACUUUGCAGCAGCGGAGCGAGCGACGCCCCCUCAGCGACACCUUUGACAACUGGAAUGACACCUCCCACUACGACAACACCGGCUUUGUGUCUGAAGAAGCUCCCCUGGAGACCCCCGGCGGUAGUAGCGGUGGUAACCCCAUGCUAGGCUCCAAGCCCCGCAGCACCUCCACCUCCCACGGGGGCCGUCGGCCCCUCAUAAGGCAGGAGCGCAUCGUGGGCGUCCCCCUGGAGCUGCAGGACACCCCUCACCAACACCCUUCCCACCAAUUCCACAACGUCCGCACCACCCCCGAAACUGAAGUGCCUCAGCCUCCCCCUGCCAAUCCGUGGCAGAACUGGACUAGGACGCCUAGCCCCUUCGAGGACCGCACAGCUUUCCCCUCCAAACUGAGCUCCCCAGGCAACAGCCCCAACCCCGAUCACAAGGACUUUGAACAGGAGAUGCCUCACGGGGAGCUGCCGGGCACUUUCCCCUCCACAGGGACGUGGAGUUACCUAGACUCCAGGAACUCAGGACAGGGGCAGGGACGCAGUAGUCAGCAGGCCAACAUGUCUAAUCUGUACCAACAUGUCCAGCCCAAGCCCACUAGACCAAGCUCAGGGGCAAUGGUGAUGAGCAAGAGCUCAGAGCGCCUCUCUCCCAUGAUGAAGGAGGUCAAGGCUAAGUUCAAGAAGUCCCAAAGCAUCGAUGAGAUAGACAUGGGCUCCUACAAGGUAUACAGCAUUCCCGUGGACAGCUACAGCUCUAGCAUUGAGAACCAGGGGAGUGUUGACCGUCCAGACAUGCCGGGCCCGAUGGAGCAGAGCAUGUCCCGAAGCCAGUCCGCCCCAAUGCUGGACGAUGACGAUGCCUAUGGCAAUAACAAGAACAGCCAGCAGCAGCCUCCCGUCCCCAAGAAGGUCUACCACUUCGACCAGAGCUUCAACCCUCAGGGGGCUAUGGAAAUGAGGAAUCAGCAGCAGGAGAGGAGGGCCCCUCCACCCUUCCCCAACACCCCCGAGUAUGUGAACCAGCCAGGGAAGACCCUGCCCAAGGAGCUGGUGAGCCCAAGGGGCUACCGGGGUUACCCUCCCGUGGAUCAGAUGUUCUCCUACUCUCAGCCCUCGGUCAAUGAGGAGAACCAGCCUGCCCAGCAGCAACAACCCUUCCCCAUCCCCAGUCAGCGAUCCCGGCCUGGGUUUUUGAGACGGGCGGACUCCCUGGUGAGCUCCACAGAGCUGGCCCUGUUCCGCAGGGUUCAGGAGGCCCAGGAGAUGCAGCAGAUGUCGGAUCACUAUGGCAGGCAGCACUUCAAAGGCAUGCUGGAGCACCAGAACAGCCUGGCCACCAUGACCCAGCAGGACCAACAGUACAACAAGAGGAAUGGCAGGUACGAGGAAGACUACUCCUCCUACCAGGAGCCCAAGAAGCCCAUCAUGUGCUAUCCCACCAAGAGCCUGACACAGCGGCGCCCCCUGUCUGCCAGAAGCUACAGCACGGAGACGUAUGGCGCGUCUCAGGCCAGGCCCGUGUCUGCCAGACCCACCAUGGCUGCCUUGUUGGAAAAGAUGCCCCCAGAUUAUAACCUGAGCACGUGCACUGAGAACACAAAGAGCCCUGAUGAGAUCAAAAUGCGCACAAUGCAGCUGCAGCAUAAGCCUGACGAUAUGUCCUCUAAGAUGCCAGUAGAUUGGAGGCAGCAGCUGCUUAGACACAUAGAGGCCAAACGAUUAGACCGGAGUGCUGUCCUUAAGCACAACACAGUAAACUUCGGCAUGCUGUACUCUGGAGGCUAUACUGCACCGCAUGCAGGCAGAAGCAUGACAAUAAACUUUUACAAUAACACGAAUAAGCAUGAAAACCAAACAACACAGUGGCUACCUCUACCCAAUACGCCCUCUCAACAGAGCAAUAUGUUAGGCAAUGGACAGGAGAUGGUCUCUCCCACCACUCAGUGGGCUCCUUACUCACUGGGAAGGAGAGACGUGCCCCCGGAAAACAUAAUGAAAAAGCUUCCUGACUCUUUGCCUAACGGGUUGAAUUACCCACAGGCAGGCGGCCACCACCCCCACCAGUCACAGACCAUGAUUGUGACGUCCGCGUCGGCCACACCCCCACACCGUUCGGUGCGGGACCAGCAGUACGAGGGAGCCAUCAACAAGAUCUCCAUCCAGCAGUACCAGUCUCCUCUGCCCAUGGCCGCCACCACCACCAGCCCCCGGCCCCAGAGCGCACGCUGCCUCAUCCAGACCAAAGGCCAGAAGAGCAUGGAUGGUUUCCAGGAGCAGUUCUGUGUACGGAUAGAGAAGAAUCCUGGCUUAGGGUUCAGCAUCUCAGGGGGAAUCAGUGGCCAAGGGAACCCCUUCAAGCCUUCUGACAUGGGUAUCUUUGUUACUAGGGUACAGCCUGACGGACCGGCCUCCGACCUGCUACAGCCUGGGGACAAAAUACUGAAGGCCAAUGGACAUAGUUUUUUACACAUGGAACAUGAAACUGCUGUGUCUCUUCUGAAGAAUUUCCAGAAAACUGUGGACUUGGUAAUCUUGAGAGAGAGCACAAUUUAAAUAUUUUUUAUAACACCAUUGCUUCUCGCCCAAACGGGUUGGUACAACCAGUUUUUAUCUAGGAACAGAGACAUUUGCCAAUUGCUGGACCAAUGGCAAAUACUACUGCCAAAUGUAUAUAGGAUACAUAUCUUAACCUAUCUAUGAACUUUAUGUAAACAGGAAAUGUAUAACUUGAGUUGAUGUGAAAGAAAGUCUUGUUUGGGCCAAGGCUCGAGGUUGGUGCAAUUUUCAUUUCUUUUUAUUUGAUAUUUGUUUUUUAUUUCAGGUUUCUAUUUUGGUUAUUUAUACUGCCUUUGAUUUUGUAAAUUUUUCAUAGCUAGUCAUUUUACUCUCCGAGCAUGAAAGCACACAAGCUGUUUUAGGUAUUACAUUCAACAUAACCACUGCCUCAACUUUGUACAUGCCUUGUGUAAAUAUUUUUAUUUACAAUUAAGACAUGUAGAGAGAUGAAUGGUACUGAAAACACAUUUUACAAUGUUCUUAAAUUGUUGAAAUCAAUGUUGAAUAGAUUCAUACUUGUCUCCUACCAUAAUACAGGGCCAAAUUAUCAAGAUUAACAAUAAAUACAUGAUAUAGUCUUUCCCACACAAGUUUAUUUUAUAUGAUCAUAUAUUGUGAUGAACCCAGUCAUUGCAUUCUGUGAGCUAGAUUGUUUAGUUGUUGCUCAAUAAUGGAUUUGUUUAAAUGAAUGAGCAAAAUUAAAAAUGUUCAAACAAUGCUCUAUGCCCCCACUGGAAAUAUUUUUUCAACUUUGCAAGAUUACCCUAGACCGCCAUCUGCUGGCUACAUUUUGGUACCUGUAUGUAAAAGAACCAAGGAAUAUACAUAUACAUCCCUCGCACAUACAGAAAAAUGCUUUGUAGUAUGUGUACUUUACACACAGUUUUCACAUUGUUUCUGAUUUGUUUGUCUGAAUGUCUUAAAAAUAUAUAAUAAUUGAAUUGUUUUGUUCUCAAGUGGUGUGAUUCAUAUUGCUUAGCUUUUCAGCUGCACCCUGUAGAACACCAGUUACUUUUGAUAUCUUAAUUUCAAAAUCAGUUUAUUAUGAGAAUGGAUUAUUGGAAAAGUGUUCAUGUGAAAAUGACUGUACGUGUUAUUUAAACAAUGCUACUGACCUGAAAAGGCAUCUCAACUUGUUCCAUUAAUAGAUGGUUUUCAUUUGAAGCUCUGAUGUACAGAAUGCUUUCCUGUCUUCUUAAUGGUCAGUGUAAUAGAUCUCAUACAAAGGUAUCUCUUUAAAUGCAAACCGGUGAGGUUUACAAAAAACAGAUGUUUUAAAUAAUUGGUGCCACAUUAUCUCAAUCCAAAACAUUCUUUAUGAGCCCUGACAAUGUUCCAUAACUAUUGUUUGUCAAAUGUAGCAUUAAAUGUGACAUUUUGUUUUUUGUAAAAGGAAGCACCCUAUGAAGGGACCCUGGUUGAAUUCACGCCAUGCAAAGCUGGCACAUGGAACUUUAAUAUCCAGUCAAUGAUAUUGUGACAGAAAGUUUCAUAAUAUAAUUAUUUUUACUAAAUGUUUUCAGGUAAUUAUUUCAAAUAUAUUGAUAUACCUUAGCUUUGAUCAAAUUGGGAGAUUUUAUAAGGACAAUGAAAAUGUAUGGAUGAAGUACAUGGAGAAGAAAAGCUGUACUAUGAAUUGUAUAAAAUUUAUUUCUACAGUAAUUGUGAAUUUGUGUUAUACAAAUAUAUUAUAUAUAUGUAUAUGAUUAUAAAAAUUGUCAUUUUUGUAUGUGUUUAAAAUACAAUUAAAUAUAAAAAGCAAAUAUAUGGUACAUUUCAGUCUAAUUGCAGUAUUGAUGUAAAUACUUGUGAAUGAAAACACAUUGAGAAUUUAUUCAUAUGGAUUGUGAAUGUACUCCAAGCUUCUGCAGUACGAAGACUUACUGGACUUGAAUGCUGCUUAAUUUUUUGUGCAAAAGGUAAUUUUAACUAUUAAAAAAUAACUUCUGUUUAGUUGGACAAAUUUAGUGACAAUUUAUUAAACAAUUUAUUUAUUUGCACAUGCAAGUUUAAUCCUUCCAGUUUUAUUUAUGUAUUAACACAAAUAAAUGUAAUUGGUAAAGUAUAUACAUAUAUUAUGUGUAGAAUGCAUUUUGCAGAUGCUCUCUGUACAUAUUUAAGAUACUUUUUUAUAAAACAAAUAAAAACAACGUUUAACGAAAAGUGAGUGCAGCAAAUAACAGAGCCAUUUUCGGCUUUCAAAGUACCAUUUUUCAGUAUUUAAGAGGUGUUUUGAAUAAUGUAUGAAAGUCUAUUGUACAAAUAAAAACAUGUCACUUGUUA